AUCGCUUAUCAGACUAUUGAAAGAACCUUCAUUCGCGAGAGGUUAGGUGUGAGUAAGUUUUACCGCAGUGAGGAAGAAAAACAAAAACUUGUUAUGAUGAUGUUCUGCGUGGAAUUAUUUGUUUGUUUUGGAAAUGUUUUGUGAUGUUGAUAUCUGCUUAGUGAGUGCCACGUUAUUGUACUUUCCAUACAUGGAUAAAAAAUAUUCUGCUCUCAGCCACUGUGCCACGCUUGUUAAUUUCGUAAUAUUUUUAAAUUAUUAAUCCUAGUCAAAAUACGCUUUUGUGAUACUUAUUUUACGGAAUUUGCCUCGUUACAGAGAACUAUUCUGAAAAUUUCGCUGGAAUUUUUUACUCAAGAUGAUGUUUAUGAGUGUGUUAUCUGAGAGAAAAUUUCAGAAUCAGAUUUAUUAAUCAACAAAAUGGGAACAAAUAAACAUUUCGCACAAUUAUGUUUCUCAAGAGAGCAUCGAAAUGAUAAAUAAUUUGGGGAAUGCUUUCAUACAAAAUGUCUUGAACACAAGUUAACGGAAUAAAAAAUCAUUUAGUGAUGAUAACACUCUUAUCAUCACUAAAUGAUAAAAAUUACCAUAGAUGGCAUCAUUUUUCUUUAAUUUUAUCCAAGUAGUUUGUUUAGCAAAUAUGUAAUUUAAACAGUAAUUUAAAUUUUACCGUAAGUCAUUUUGUAGGUCGAAUUUUCAUAAAAAAGUUGAAUUAGAUGUGUUGUUUGCAAAAUUGCCAUCUAUAUUUCAUAUUAGGCAUUGAUAUAAAAAUUAUUAUGCUUUAUAUAAUUAGAUAGUAAAGUAGAAUCGUGAUAGUUUUUAAUAGAAAGAUUUUUGACAUAUGAAUUGUAGAAUAUAAUUGGUAAUUUGUACGAUUUAGUUAUGGAACCUCUCGCUAUCAAUUGGCUUGUAACUUCGUCGGGAUCACCGCUUAUAGCCGUCUUGGCUUUGUGGACCAUAUACGUUUUUCAUACAUAUCGUAGAAGGUGGAGAACCGUAGAUCUCUUUUUACUAACAACAUGCUGUCUGGAACUUGUCAUAUCCAUCUUCACAUUUUGUUACUCCAUCAUAAGCUUAAUCAUACCACCCAUCCAAGCACCCUGUAACUUUACACAGUGGGGGCUGAUAUCCACCAGGACGUUCCAAAUCGCCACCCUAACGUCCAUGGUAGUGGACAGAGCUCUGACGGUCCGCUGGCCUUACCGGUACCGAUUUAGCGUCCGCAGGAACCAAAUACGAUAUCACAUAGGAGUACUUGCCUUGGUCUCGAUACUUGUGGGUGUUGCGGCAGUUUUUGCCAGAGUGAAUAUAAUUGAGAAUAAGAAUUGCUAUUUCCAUCCGUCUCAGUGGGACUUGCGAUAUGUGAUUUUUCUGCUCUCCUUAUACGGAGUACUGAUACUAAUAACGUUCAUAUGCAUGAUACAGAUUGAAAUACAUCGUAGCAGACAUGGUCUGAAGACCAGUGCAAAUGGGUCUUUCCAACUUCCAGAAUGUGCAUCUCCGGACUUACCGUCUGCUACUGGAAUGAACAGUCCACUGGAUACUCAGAGCAGUACUGGCAGUACGCGAGCAUUGCACAGGCCGUCUCGACAAGCGAGCAGGAGGCCUUACGGGAAGAAUAACAAGGGCACAUCAGAUUUGAGAUGGCCAUCUGUGGCUCUAACAACACUGUUGUGCUUUUCGUUAAAUCAUAUCCCCCACUUGGUGUUAAUGAGUAUGGCUGUCUAUUAUCCGUACUUGUGGUCUCCGUGGCACGAAGCAAUCAUCGCGUGGUUAGGUCUUUUAGAAGGAGUCAUCAUACCUCUCGUUUUGUUCUGUAAAGAUCAUGCACUCAGGGGUGGUCUAAGAAGAGCAUUUCAAAGAAGGAGUGGAGCCUUGUCGCCUCUUGUUGGAGACGAUGGUCCUUUCCAGAUGUAUUUCGAUAAGGAUCACUUUCGAAAGAGAGGGACAUUCGGAUCUGUCACUCCCAUUGGCAUCAUCACCAACUACAGGCGCACCCCUGGCAAGAAACGUCGCACUAGGAAAAAUAGUGGCAAAUACACUCUACCCGGUCUUCAUAACGGUGAUUCUGUUCUCGCCAAAUCAUGUUUGAGUGCUGGCUACAUGGGGAACGAACCUCUGAGCAAACUGUCAUGCGCAGAUCUCACUUCGCUGGAGAUGUGGCGAGAGGAAGACGAAGAAAACUUUUAUGCCACCCUAUCAGACGACUUUAGCACUUUCAGUUGCAAGUCUGCGGAUGAUAGUGCCCUCAGCGAAGAUUUGCGCAUCAGUGAAGAAUUGUACGGAGGCUCGUUCACCACUGUAGCCAAUGAUGAUUUUGAAUUUCAUGACACGAGACCGUGUGGAGGUGAAGUGAAAAUGAAACCUGCCCUCUCAGCCACUCCACCCAGCAAUAACAGUUUCAGAGGAGGAUUUUCUAGAAAUGUCUCUUUCAAAGACGAUAUUCGAAAAAAAGAACUGUCCAAACUGUUUCAAGAGCCCCUUCAAAACAUAUUUUCGUACUCUGGAACAAACGAUACUGAGGACGAUCAUAAAGAUCCCGAGGUCUUUAUCUUACCUCCACCAGAAUGGAAAAACAAAGAACAAAGUGAUCUUUUGAUCACGACUGAUUGCGAACUCACACCUCCAAAGAAAUUACAUUCUAAGACUGCUAACAUCACCUGUCAUCAAAAAACCACUUCUUACUCGAUGAAUGAUUUAGAUCUUAUCCACAAAAAGGCCAGUGUUGGUAGUGACAAUGAAACAACAUUUGCACUGCCUGUAAAAAGUGAAUCUACAAUGUCUCUCUAUCGGCUAAAUGUCGAAAGGGACUUGGAUCAAAUGGCAAUGACACCAUCACGCUCUGAAACAAAUGUUAACGGAGACAGUGGAUUCGGUAGCGGCGCUCAGUCCACGAAUCCAAUCUGGUCUGGUUUCCUUUGCAGAAAACCGUCAGAUCCUUUUUGGAACAUUCGCAAACCGUCGAAUCAUUCAUCGACAUCAGCUGCUGCAACACCUACCCGAAACUACCCCGGUGUACUUCAUCCGCGAAUGAGGAAGAUACCGUGGAUUACUGCUUGGAAAAAGCUUGACGAAAAUAGCAAUCGCAACGAACGAAACCAAAUGCAAAACCAACAACAAAGCGAUGGCGGCAUGCUUGAUUGGAAGGAUAAUAUGAUAUACGAACCUAGACAACCUACUGAUGUGUCUAAAACUCAAGUUGGAACUAUCAGUGAAGAACUGUCGGAUAUCAACAGCCCUGAAUAUAGCCACCCCGAUUAUAAUUUAAAUAUUUUUGCGAAAGAAAGCGGCGUACUUUUAGAGAAUGCCUAUGGAAAAAUUGUACGCGAUGAUUGUGGUGUGCAAGUAAAUUUUUAUGGAAGGAAUGUGCUAUACGACGGUAAGGAUACUUUAAAUGGAAACUUAAAUCCCAAUGAUAAAUUGUCUGAAAAACCUUUUACUUACGAUUGCCAAAUUAAAGAACAAAAUAAGGAACCUGCCAAUACUCAUGCACAUGUAAAACACCUUCCUCCUUAUAGUGAAAGGGAUAACAGAAACGAAUCAGUCAAGAUCCUGCAAAUCGAAGAUAAUACACAUCCCCAAAUCAAAUUCGAUUCACGGUUCAAUGAUAGUCAUUAUGAGAAUUUAUUCGGUACCAAAGAAAGUAUUUUUGCUCAGUGUGACCAGUAUUUGGAGAAGAAUACCCCUAAACUACCUGCUAUAAACAAAGAUGAUUCCAAUAUACCAACUAGUGAUUUGUUUCAUUUCCAAAACAUGGAACCCGAAUACGGGCAGGUGCGCAAAAUUGAUAACAGGGUUAAUCAAAAGAAUUACGAAAAAAGGGCCCAGCUAAAAAAUCAAGAACUCACUCGUAAAGACAGUAGCGCAAGAGGCAGUGAUAGAAAUCGAAUUAAACGUAGAGAAAGUCGCAGUCGUAGUGAUGGCAGAGCUAAUAAUGAAAGUCUAUUUCAAUCUCCUUUUAAUUUAGCGGAUAACAAAUCGGAAAAUAUAGGAAACGUCAACGAAGAAAAAGUUGAAAUAGAACUGAAAAAUGUUCCACUAAAGAAAGACAUAAAAUAUGACUUAAAGUUCAGUAAACUCGAUCAAAAUUUAGAAAACCCCCGUGGUUUUAGUCGCCAAGGUAGUCAAGGACGCAAGCCAAUACGAAACGUUAAUGAUCCUAAAAGGUGGAAACUAGAUCAAUCAAAUGCAAAAAAACAAAAUAACGAAUCUCUACAGCAACCAAAAAACCUCGUUACAAAGCUUCCUCGAAGAGAGAGUCAAAAUAAUAAAAAGGAAACUUCAAGCAAUCGCGAACUGGAGUCAACCAAACGACAAUGGGGUGAUGAACGAAAUUCGAACUAUCAAGGUGACAGAAAAAACAGCUUUCAUAAUGUGGAACGCCGGGACAGUUCUAAAAAAAUUGUCGAGCCUAAAGUCUAUGACACUCAAUUUCUCGCAGAGGCAAAAAAUAACGAUAAGGGGGACAAAACAUCUCACAACCGCAAUGAUAACUUACGAAGUAGAAUAUGUCGCCGAGAUAGCUACAAUAAGAAGAAAGAUAUAAAGAACGAAGGGCUAUGGGCUAAUGCAGUGCCCUUCUCUGCAAAUAGUGAAAGAGAAGAAGAAAAUGGCAACUUGCCGAAGUCAGAAAGUCGCAUCGAAAGUCAUCCUUUGCGACGUUCUCCUAGAAAAAGUCAUUUACCACGCAGGGAAAGCAAAAGUAGAGGAGAUAAAUCCAACCCGCAAGUCCGAAGAAAGAGCAGUGGGAACAGAAAAAAGAGUGAUAAACCAGAUCACCAGGAACAAAUUGACCACCAAGCUGCGUGUCUGGAUUUAGCAACUAAGCAAAUAAAAGAUUUUGAAGAGAAAAGAGCAGCAUUACAACAAGGAGACUUGAAAUGCGAUUCUAACUUCGACGAUUUUUUCAAAUACCGAAACAAGUGCGAAGACAACCUCAACAGGAUUCAGAACUUGAACCGUGAAACUUCAGCAGAGAGGGAAGGGAUAGAUCACUUUCUUUUAAAGAGAAAAACGAAUGGUGGGCUCGCAUCAAAUAAUGAAACCUACGGUUUUGACGCCUUCCAAGGAGACGAGAGGUUGCAUUUUUACCCGAAUUCAAAAUCCGAAUACGACGACAAUGAGAACUGUAAGCAGAAAAAAUUGGCAAUAACUGACUUUUUAUAAGAAAACAGAACGUUUUCGUAUUGUGAUAAUAAAACUGAAAAUCCAAAUGAACAGAUCCGUUCGUAGUAUCUGAGAUACUAUUGUUUAAUGAUCUACUUAUGAUGAUAUUCGUUUAUCAUGUUUCUUUUUUUUCUUCCUAAAUUCAUGUCGAGAGAAGCAAAGAAGAAAAAAAUGGUUUAACAGUGUAGAACAUUUUCUCACUUAGAAAGGGUAAAGAAAUUAGAAAACUGCAAAUAAAUAAGAUUGUUUAUAUAUUACGUAUAUAUUUUACGUAUGUGUUUGUUCGAUCUUAGUGUGUAAAGUUGUAAAAGCAAUUUUUGUUGUACAGCGGUCUUUCAUUAAAUGAAAAAGAAAAA